AUAAUCAUAAUAAUAAUAAUAAUCAUGACUGAAUCAAUUCAUCAUUCAUCAAUCAAUAAUCUAUCGAAAAAAUCAAUAUUCAAUCAUCAUCAUUUUCAAUGGUAUCAACCAUAUUUUUCUCAUACAAUAUAUCAUUCUAAAACAAAUGAUAAAUCAUUAAAAUCAAUAUUCUCUUUAAAACAGAUAACAUUAUCAAAAUUAUUAAAAUUUCAUCCGCAUAGAAACAAUUGGACAAUGAAACAAUUUAAAAAGAAAAAAUCUAAACAUAGUUACCAUAGUAACCAAUAUAAAGAAAAAUCAAUCACAUUAAGUGGAAUCCCUACCAGUGAAAUUAAGAUACCAUCUUCUUAUAUACAAUAUUAUACAUUAAAAGAAUCAUCAUUCAAUGAAAAUCACUGUAUGAAUCAUUUCAAUGAAAUCAAUGAAAGAAGUUCAAAAUCAAUAGAUGAAAUAUCAUUACAAUCAAUUACAUUAAGUAUAUUAAGUUUAGAAGAUGAUCAUCAUCAAAUAAUUACUAAUCUUGAUGAAAUUGAUAUAGAUUAUAGAUUAAAUAAUGAUAAGAUAAUGAUAACAAAAUAUAUUAAUGAUAUGAUCAAUGAAUCAGAUAUAGAUAAAAGUUGGUUAACUAAUGAUUGCAAUGAUAUAACUCAACAACAAGAAGGACAGCAACAGCAACAACAAGGAGGACAGCAACAACAACAACAACGAGAUCAACAGCCACAGCAACGGCAGCAACAACAACAACGAGAACAAGGGUCACAGCAACAACAAGGAGGACAGCAACAAGAACAACGAGAACAAUGGCCACAGCAACAACAACAACAACAACAACAACGAGACCAACAGCCACAGCAACGGCAGCAACAACAACAACGAGAACAAGGGUCACAGCAACAACAAGGAGGACAGCAACAAGAACAACGAGAACAAUGGCCACAGCAACAACAACAACAACAACAACGAGACCAACAGCCACAGCAACGGCAACAACAACAAGAACGAGAACAAGGGUCGCAGCAACAACAAGGAGGACAGCAACAAGAACAACGAGAACAAUGGCCACAGCAACAACGAGAACAACAUCAGCGGGAACAACAAUCACAACAUCAAUUAUCCAUGUCUGAUAUUUAUUCAAUAUUUACAAGUUAUGAUAAACUAAAUAAUUCAUUAAAUCACAUGACACCAUUCUCUUCUAAUAUGUCAAUUAUAAAGAAAAAAGAAAAAACUUCCAGUAUUCUAUCAUCAAUAUUAUCUAAAUAUAAUAAUAAUAAUAAUAAUAAUAAUAAAAGUUUACAAUUAAAACAUCAUUUAAAUACAACGAAAAAAUGUAAAACUUUACCAACGAUGGAAACUGAUUUGUUGCUAUGUGGAAAUAGACAUUGUUCCGGAACAUAUAAUGGUCAUCAAUCGUUAUGUAAAAGUUAUAACAGACCGAAAAGUUACUUCAAUCAAGAACAUGACCAUAGCAACAACAACACCACCACCACCACCACCACCACUAAUAAUAAUAAUAAUAAUAAUACAAAUUCUUUUACAUCUUUAGUAUCUAACUGUAAUGAUUAUUCAUUGAAAGAAAUCAAUUCAUCUAUUCCAUUGAAUCAUACGAUUCAUAAUAUCCCAGAUAGAUUAUCUAUAAAAAAAGAGGGACAACAUAUUGAUCCAUUAUUGAUUCAUCAAUCACCACGACGUUCAUCAUCUUUAAUUCGAUAUCAUCAUCAUCAUGAUCAUGAUGAUCAUGAUGAUCAUCAUGAUCAUAGAAGUUCGAUCAAAUUAAAUCGUUCACAUUUUCAACAUUCCCAUCAUCAUCAUCAUCAUCAUCAUCAUCAUCAUCAUCAUCAUCAUCAUCAUCAUCAACAACAACAACAACAACAACAACAACAACAACAGUCUUCUAUUUCAAAUUAUCCUAUGGAACAUUUCAUUGAUCAUGAUAUAUCAUUACCUUAUAUGCCAAGUUUAUUUAAUUGUGAUAGUAAAUCAUCUUCUUUAAGUAAAGAAAGUGGAGGAAAAAAGAUUUUAGUAAGUUAA